AUGGACAGCGACUCGUCGCCGGCCGAAUCUUCACGCCAACACAACCAGCACCGCCAACGCAUUCCUCGCCCAAGAACAGCGUGCACCAUCUGCAGAGCACUCAAAGUAUGUGCUGCUAACAUCGUCCUCCACCAGCUGACCGCACCAGACGCGAUGUUUGCCCGAGAGCGCAACUGCACCGCCGGAAUCACGGUGUUCAAGAUGUGCGAGACUGAAUCUCGAUUGCCAGUACUACAGGGCCAAGAGAGGCGCAACGCCGACCCGAACGCCGGUCCGCCGUCAAACAGCUCGACGGGCUCAGCAGACCAGCGCGUUGUCCGGCAGCGAGUAGACAACAACCACGGUCCACCUCCGCAUCUUCCGUCCCACCACGAUGCCCCCUAUGACAUGAAGCCGAUGCACAGCCAGCCGAGUCACAACAACAUCAGCCCUCCGAAUCAUCUUCCACACCCCACCCACCUAAACAUCCCCACUCACUCGGGUCACGAGAACCACCAGAACCCCCCGAGCCACCCGCUUCACCCUAGCCACCCUCCUCAACAUCCCCAGCAUCCACCAGCACCGCCGCCACCGGCCUACUGGGACCACCCCUCGGCCGAGACUGUUGUCUCGGGACCCGCUUCGUCACAGCCUUCCUCGAGGGCGUACGACCCGGUCGCCAGUCAUCGUCAAGCACCUUCCCCCGCCGCACCGUUCCGUCCAUUCACUCUCGCUCUCGGCCCGUCGCCGAGUGCCGAUCGUAACGUGACACUAGAGAAUGUACUGGAGCCGGUGCUUGACACCGACAGCAGGCGACAGUCUGUGGAAAACGACCGACCAAACGACUCGGCUGCUGCGCCCCGUCCUGGCCCUCCCGUCAUCCAUUACCCCGACCCCGUCAACACUGGUCUUUUCUCGGAACUUGAAGCCCGCGCUCUCUUCAAGCAAUUUGAGGACCGAGUAAGCCCAAGUUCGCACAUCUUCGACCCCUACUACCACACGUACGAGCGAGUACGUGCAUCGCCUGUGCUGUUCAACGCGGUCAUGUACGCAACAUGUCGAUUCAUGCGCCCGGAACUGUCGGAGCAGUGCUUCGAUCUCGCAGAGACGGUUAUCGGCCGUAUGCUGCGCAUCGGUGCCGCCACCAUCCCGCUCGUACAAGCUCUGCUUGCCCUCGUAUACUGGAAGAAGCCGAAGGACCGAACCGCCUACGUCAAGCUGGGUACGGCGGUCCGUCUCAUCCAGCAGAUGCGUGUCGAGUGGCCGAACGAGCCUCGAUCGUUUGCGUCCGAGGAACAGGAGCGGGCGGCGGUCGAUGUCGAGCGUACCAUCUACAGUGAGCUCAUCAGUCACCUCGACGUCGCUGGUGACUACUUCAAGGCGUUCAUGAACGACCUUCGAGGUCUCGUUGCCCUCUACCCGUAUCCCCCGCCAGCCGAUGACCCACGGAUCCACACCGACUAUGACGGCGUCGUCGGUCUGACCGUGAUCAGCUCCGCCAUCGACGACUGGAUGCGGAACCCGAACCUCCGGGGCGUCUAUCGCCUCCUGUCCGGCGUGCUGGGCAAGACGAUGGUACUCAAGAUGCAAGUCGGCGGGCUCAAGUACAGCGCGAUCUCGACCGAAGACGUGCUUGGCCUGGCUGAAGAGAUCGGCGUUGUGAUCCGCGACAUUGUGGCUGGCGGCGAGCCGAUCUACUGGUCCGACAUGUCCUGCACCAUGCUCUCAGGCAUGGGCACGCUGAUGUGGGCGGCACGAAACGCCUUCCGCGUCGAGGACCUCGCACGCAUCGAGCGGCUGUGCAAGGACGUUACGAGCGCCUUUGAGACGCUGCCCGAGCACCUGAUAGCGGACCACGCACUCUCGUACAACAAGCGGCUGUACAGCCGUCUCGGAUCCGCAUUCGAGCGUCUCUGCCAGGGCGCGCAGGAGAGCCAGAACGACAUUCUGAACCAGCUGCUGUCCGGCGGAUGGUCGGCGACGGCCAACUCGAACGCGCCCCUCCUCUUCAACGACAUGGUGCCCGACCCGAACCAGGACUGGAACUGGAUGUUCCCAGUGACGCUGGGAUAG